GCUCAGAAACAUUCAAUCUUCGCACAACAGUUCGCUACCGACUGCCGGACUUCUGUGAAUUACCACGUCGCCUUGUUCUUCUACAUACUUGGCUCUGUUUUGUCUUCAUUGUCGUGUUCGCGAAUACACUUUAUGCGCCUGCUACAACACUUCUUUGAAGUAACUAAUCUAGAACCGCGUCACUGCUGCCAGCUUUAUUGUUAUUCACUUGACAUUUGGCAGUAGUACUAGGUAGUUCGUUGUGCUCGGCGAUGUAAGUAUCGCCGAGCAUGGCUACUCGAUCCAACAGUGGUUCCGCUCGGAGCCGUUACACGAGCUCCAGCUCAAGUGCUUCUAUGUCUUCAUCGCCUCCUGACUCUGGAGGCUGGUCGCCGAGUCCGGUGCUGAGCGGCCAUGCGCUUGGCAACGACCCCUCGCACCUUCCUCUCGGCUCACCCCUCGGGUUCACCACGGGUACAGCAAACCAGAGGUUAGCUGCUCUACAGCGACGCCAACAACGCAACUUACUGGUCGCGGAAGCUAUUGGCACGGCGGGCAUGUCCAGCACCAGCCCUGUGCUAGACUCGCGACUGGCGGAGCAGGCUCGGGUCAGGACAGCUAGUCACAUCGGCUCGGCAGCACGUGCGACUGCCUUCCGUCACACCCCACAGCGUUCGGAAGAGCCUCACCUGUUUGAAGCACCUCCCUCGCCAGGCGCUCGCGAGGAAUCGCCCUCCAAUGCAUUGGAGACGGCAGCAAUUGCCACCACUGUGGAAGUUACUGGCAUGGUUGGCGAACAGCACCACGGUUCUCCCAUGUCUACUUCCUCACCAUCCACGGGUACCUCCGACUCUUCCAGUGCCUCAGAGAUGGACGAUGAGGAUAACGCGGGUGGCAUUGUGGAGAGCUCCUCUAGCAGCCAUCAUUCCACGUCGCCUGCACGUGAAAGUCCGCCACCUGCAGUUCUAGCAGCUGCGAUUCGUUCCGCAACAGCUCUGGCAGUGCACAACCUCUGGCUUGAUGCCAACGGUCAGCCAGAGCGCCUGCGCGUCUGUGACGACUGCCAAGACGCGUUUGAUCGAGGCCGCGUGCCGGGCUUUGCACUGGCGGUGGUCGACACAGGCGACAUCCCUCACAUGCCAAACGGCGAGGGCGCACCUCUACUCACGAUGGUAGAGCGGCGGCUGGUGGCGAUGGACCAACUGCGCAUGAUUGUCAUGUACAUCCGCCGCCGUGACAUCGAUGAGCACCUGCCUGUCGCCACGUUGCCGCGCAGCGGCACGGGGCACACCAUUGCGUUUCCGAACGCCUCGCCGGCAGACCUCAUGCGUCAGCUCGCAAGCCGCCGCUGCCCAGCUCACCCAGACCAGCUGCCUGACCGCGUCCGUGUUAUCUUUGCGGAUGCUGUAGCAAGCGACGAGGAGCUUGCGCGUCUCUUGCGCAGCACACAAUGCCUCAUGAUCCGGCCACCAGCAGUGCUGUGGUGGGCGCAGCACAUCUGCAAUACCUACGGCGUGCCGGUCAAUGCAGCAGCCGUCGAAGCACUCCAGCGCAUGGGCGCCGGGCCUGUGGUGCCGGACGCGCUAAUUGCAGCCGCCACGGCACCACGUACUGAGGCAGAUGCAGCGGAGCUGCAGCGGGCCUUUGUGGCGGACCGCGAAGGCCCAGCGCGCGUGCGACAACAAGCAGACGAUCUCCGCGCAGCACAGCAAGCAGCUGCUGCAGAAGCAGCGACAACUGAGGAACAAGUCACUCAGGCGGCAGCUGCAGAACGAGUGCGUAUGGCUGCGGCGCGUGCUGAACUGGAUGCCGCAAUCACCGCGGCGCGUGAGCCCGGCCACCAACAGCAGCGGGGCCGCGGCGGUCGGCGAGGGCGCGGCGGCAUGCGCCUAAACCGCAACAUCAUACGAUUAGCCCUGCAGCUCUUGCCAUGGACGCCAGAGCAGCAUGCCAUGUGGCGAAAUCACCAGUGGCUGGCGCUGGCGACGCAAAUGCAGUUGCAGGGCAGCCCCGCUCGCAUUGACGACCUAGACGCGACGACUGUCCGCAACUACCUCAGUCGACAGCGUGAAGCUCUGCAGCCAGUAUACGAGGAGGUGACACGACAGCAGCACCCGGCCGUGCCAGCGGUUCUCAUGCCCGCACAAGUGCCACCUGCAAUUACCCCCACAGCACAGCCUGCUGUUCCCGUCACACCCGUGCCCGCUACUGCUCAGCAACAACCUCAGCCAGUGACACGACAGCCAUCACCAGCCGUUGCAACCACUGCCCGACCAACACCUGGCCGGGCUCCUCCGCCUCCUGGCCGUGCAGUAGCAGCCGCAGGUGACGACGAGGCCAACGAGCCAAUGGGGCCGAUGACCGGCAUCACCGACGCCGAACUGGCCGUGCCAAACAUCAAUACCGUGGACGCGCGGCGGCUAGGCGGGCUCCAUCCGGAAGGGCUGUACGGGUUGUUGGAGUCCAGCGGCUGCAUUAUCAGCGCCGCAGGCGGCCGCGGCAUACAGCCAAUCAGCGAUUACGUCCCCAGCGUAUGGGUCACCACCCACCCCUGCACCUUCCCCAACGGCUACUGCGGCAUGCGCCCACCAGGCAUGCAGGAGGACUUUUAUUUGCAACAGCUCCUGCGGCGGUACCCGGCGCGGCAAUUUGGCGAGCAGCCCGACCUCCUCUGGCACGCAUCCGAUGCACUAACACGGCAUCACGUCAACUUGGCCGUGAACAUAGCGACAGUCAACACGCCGCAUGCGCUGGCGCCCGUCCGACAGCUAUCAGUUGAGGACGCGCGUGCGGCGGCGGUCGUGCUCUCCUCCGACCCGCACUCGACGGUGCGGCGCCGAGCCCUCGCCAACGCCCCAGUUGCUGUGCGCCGCUUCGCUGACAGCAUCCGCGUUGGCACCGCGCGCGUUGACGGCACUGAUGCCUUCUACCAGCGCUUCCGCAGCCGUCUGCUCGGCGCCAAUGUUGCGUUUGGCGCCAGCAAUUUUUUCUACACCAUCAAUUUCUCUGACCUCACAGCUGUGGGCGUAGCCUUCAUCGCUGGCCAGACCGUCACCUUUGAUUCGGAGACGGGUGCGCCCACGGACGAGGAGACCCAGUACCGCCGGUGGGAACGCUCGGCACGGAGCCCUGUGGCGUGUGCAGAAAAUGCGCGUGCCAUCAUGGCGGCGUUUACAGAGGUGAUGUUCAACUGGGAUUUGGACGGCCGGCGGCUGAUACCUGGCGCUGGCCGCGCGCCCGUCGGUCCCACGACAUACAAUGCGCACAAGUCCGAGGUGACAGGUCGGGGAGCGCUACACGCGCACGGUGAGGCUCUGAUCGAAGCACUGGACAUCCACCUACUAGAGCGGCAGUUCCACAACGCCGUUGGCGCCAUGCGACAAGCGAGUCUCGACCUAUGGCCACAACCGGCGCUGCAGCUGGCUGAGGCACUCGGGCGCAUGACGUGCCCAGCGCCGUUUGAGGCACCACCGACCCUGGGCCGGCGCCAGCCAGAGCCGUUCGAACCAGCGGACGACUUGCCCCGUGCUGAGCUCGCCACUAUCGCGCUACCGGUACCAGGGGCGACCACCUCGCGCGACCGCCCCGCCACCUACAGCUUGGACGUCAUUCUACGCCAAGCCGGCUGGCCAUGCGCUCAGCUCGACACUACAGAAGUGGCGCUGGAUGCUGAGACAGCUCCGCCUGCACUCCGCUGGCCUCGCAUGAGCACGACACAGCAGCUCCUCCAUUCCGCCUACGACCGGGUGGCCAUCGCCCGCCACGUCACGCGCUGCGUGCUGCAGGCGCAGAUACACCACCAUACCUCGACCUGCUGGAAGAUCAGCCAGAUCAUCUGUCGCAUGAUCUACGGGCGCGAUCGCGUGCUGCUUGCGGAGCAGCUGUCACCUGACGGGCCGCUGCUCCUGUUGCAGCGGACUGGCGAGAUGGUGGUGCCGCACAUGGUCGCGCUACUUCUAGCAUUUGGCUGCAACAACAGCUGCGGCACCGUGUUUGACGUGGGCCGCGAGUUAGCUCCGCAACUCGGCUCGGCCCUGCUCAGAUGGCGCGCCACGCCGCAGGACCGGCGUGGCCCCUGCCCGCUGAAUCCGCGCGACAACGCGCUCGACCAGUCGUUCUACAUGUCCAAGUACGAGGCAAAAGACCAGAGCGACGUGGCCCUGGAGGCGCUCAUGCGCGCGGCGUACAGGCUAACACGUGGCACGGUUGGCUCGCCAGACGGACAGCCGCGCGCACUCGGAGCACCUGUCACACCGACAACGGCGGUGCCUGCCGCACCAGAGGUGGCAGCAGCUACACCACAGGCGCCGACAGCAGCCACGGCACCUGCAGCCCCGCCUCGGACGACUGUUUCGGUGCUACAAAGCGCCAUCCACGCAGCGACCGGCAAGAUGUCGCGGUCGCUUGCGAUGGCAGCCUUCCAGGCACUGGGCUACUCGACUGCGUACUGUUCGUGGGAUGAUGUCCCUCUCGAUGUGCAGCCGCUCAUGUCCAUCGUCCUUACCGGCAACACGCAGUUCAUCCCUCAGCACCACCGCUAUACGCACGACACCACCACCAGGCGCCUGCACACCCUCACCAACACCGACAACAUCAUUUACCGCGGCCCCGAGCUGGACAGCCCAUGGUGUGGAGCGUACUUGCUCACCGCCAUCAUGCAAAGCCGCAAGAAAGAUCACCUCAUGCUCCAGCAGGAACAGGAGCAGCGCCUCGCAGUAGCUGAGGAACGAGAAGAACAGGAGCAGCAACAGCACCCGGCGGCUAUCAGGCAGGCAGAAGAGGAGGCGACGCGUGACGAGGCCGCUGCAGGCCCACCCGCAACCAUGGACGCAGCCCACGAGGAGACAGCUGCAGUUCCAGAUGUAACCGACGAUGCAGGUGCGGGCACUGUGCAGCCUGCCGGCCAGUACCGCGCCCGUCCUGGCGAGGCAGUCCAGCCACGCUACAGCAGAAGGCGCCUGCUGCGAGUGGGUUUCAUGCCACCGCACCCACAGGCGGAGACGCACAUGCUCGUCCGGCGCAGCAAGCCGCUGGUCGUACGCCUCCUCAGCACGCCACCACAGCGACCGGACCCCGACGAUACCUCACCCGCUGCUCAGGACUGGUACGUGUGGUGCCUGGCGCUAUUCCACCCAUUGCGCGGGCAGCUCGUCGUAGCGCCAGAUACUGCCCGCGAUGUGUGGGUGCGCUGGUAUGACGAGCUUCAACAGACAGCACGCAUUGAAGCAGGCAGACAACACAAACCCCACGCACACUACGUGGCAAUGGCCGACCGCAUCAUGCGCAAUGCCGCCAAUCUGGCCAGCGCCAUUGUGCGUGGACGCGAUCGUGCCAAGGCGCGCCGGCAGGCCAUACGGCGAGCAGAGCGCGAGGCAGCACACGGCACUGGACCGCACGACGAGCACGACACAGGAUCGCAGGCUUCUGACGACGACGACGACGAUGCUGGCACUGGCAUCGCGCUAGAACCCGAAGGACCGGUGGACACAGAGGAGGACAACCCAACCUUGCAGGACUUGGCCAACCUCAAUGAGAUCCUCGCCAACACGCCCGCACCUGGCCCUACACCGCUGACCGACUAUGCAGCCGGCGCCAUGGCACAACUACCUCCCUUCACAGAGAGCCCGAUCCCAGUCGGCGAACAGCACGCGCACGAAACGCGCAACGUCAGGCUUGCCACCCCCAUAUUGCAGAACGCGGCACGCCUAUGGAUCAGCGCCGCCAAAACCUUCAACCCCAAUGACGACACAGGCGACAGCUACCGCCCACCAGCUGGACAUCAGCUACGCCUACAGCGUGAAGCAGACGGGCGACGCCUGGCACAUAUCUUCAUCAGGGACAGUGAUGGCGACGCCUGGCGAGACCACGGACCCGUCAGCAGCCGAGGUCGGAACCUGCCCUUCUACCACCUCAGUGAGCGCCCCAGCCAGGAAACCACCGCCGCGCUCUUCACACUCAACCUACCACAGCUGGUCGUAUUCCUGUACCUGACAGACCAGUUCCUGUGUGACCAGCGCGCUGAGGAGAACAUUUCACAUCCGGCCCCGCACUCGCUACGCUGCAUCGUGCAAGGCGGCCCCGGUGCCGGCAAGACACAGCUCAUCCGCGCCGUGCAGUGGUUUGCGUUCCAGCACGGCUUCCCGCGCUGGAUCACUGCAACAGCCUACACAUGGCGCGCUGCCGGGCACCACGCCUCACCGUGCCAGCCGCCGCUAUCAACCUCCACCAUGUUCGGCUUGAACGCCAACAACGACGUGCAACACACCAACGUGCACAAGGUCAACGCCAACUUCCCUGGCCGCCUAUGCGCCAUGGACGAGUUUUCCAUGACCAGCGCAGAGCACUUGGGCCAGUGUGACGAGGCGGCAAACGCCAAGCUGGACGCCCUGCCCAAUCAGCCAGCUGAAGACCGGCAGCUCAUGAAUGGCCGCAGUCUGAUUCAGUUCGGCGACAUCUGUCAGCUGCCCCCGCCCGGCGGAGUAUCCGUAAUGUACGACGCAGCACGUAUCCUGAACGAGCCCGGCCUACCACCAGAGAACCGGCAGACGACGGCCUCGCCAGGCUCCAACACCGCCGUGCGCCGCGCACACGGCUUGGACGUAUGGCGCGCGUCCACGGACGUGUUCUUCCUGGAGGGGCAGGAACGCUUUCUACCGACCGGCGACGGACAGCGCCUGCAGCAAGCAGUGCAACUGUACGGCACCAUCCAGGUCGACAAGACCCAGCCGGGCGCGGUGCAGGAGGAGCAGCGAAUUCGCCUGCGCGAUAACAUAGCCACAUUGGUCGACACCCUCAACCGGCAAAUCGCAGACUUUGCGCUGCCACCCGGCAGCACUCUAUACCCAGAACGGCGGCGAUUGGUCACGCCCCGCAACCAGGGUCGCCACGAGCUCAACCUGCGCCUGGCGGCACGCGACCCGGCACGCGGCAACCAACGCAUCAUCGCCUGGAACGCUGUCGAUCACGCGGUAAUUGGGCGCCGCCAGCCCACAGUACCGCUCACCGGCGCCUUAGCCAUCCUGGCAAAGCAACAAGCGCCCGACAACGUCAAGGACAUCGCGCCCACGACCUACUACUACGAGGGCAUCCUGUACACGUUGCUGGACAAUACGGCCACUGGCGCGGGGCGACGACGCAACACGGAGGCCACCGGGCGUGGCAUCAUCCUGGACCCCCGCGAGCCGCCCGACCGCAACCCCAGCAGCCCCAUACGGCACCUGCAGUACCCGCCCGCCAUCGUGUUCGUCGAGCCAGCAGACACGCAGCUCGGCAAUCGUUUGAACGCCCGGCUACCACCCACCAUGCAGCUCCCGCCCAACACCAUCGCGCUUGUGCCGGGGUUCACAAGCGCCGGUUCCCUGAGGCUGCCGGAACCAGUGCAGCUGCCGGGCGCAAGCCAGCCGUGCGAGCAGUUGAGCAUCAAGCGGUACGGUAUCCCCGUCGGCUCGGCUUACGCCGUAACCGACUUCUUCGUGGAGGGCUGUACCAUCGCCAACCAGUGGUGGGCGCUGGAACUCACACCACCACCCUGGGGCCGUGGCACCGGCACGCACGUGUCCGGCCGCAGCCUGUACGUUUGCCUCUCGCGCUUCACGCGUUUCAGCGAUGUGCGACUGCUACGACCGCUGUACACACACGGCAAUGCUGAGCAACGGGAGCACAUCAUCCAGAAGUUCACUGACGCCGCCAUCAUGUCAAACGACUUGCAAGCAGAAAUCCUGCGCCUGCGACAGCUUGCAACUGCAACACAGGCGCGCCACCAAAACCUCUUCCGCCGCGCCGAAGAGAUGCACCGCCUAAUCCACCAGCACACCGUUCCGCUCCCGCAAACGGAGCGCAGCCCCGCCACGGCACGGGCACCGCCAAUGCCGUUACAGUACAGCAGGCACCCACCGCCCCAUACAGGCGACUUCCCUCCGCCCGCGCUGCCAGCAACCAUCCACUCACUCGCAACACAAGCAGCCGCAAUAGCAGCAGCACAUGGACCGGCACCCCCGCCAGUGUGGUUCGGCCACGACUUCUCCGACUGGGAGCGCCUGCUACAGAGCACACAGCAACGACGAGGACAGCUGCAGAUCACCAGCAGCUGGCUGUUCAUGCCACUAAUCGCCGACGCACUCCUGCCCACAGCCUCAGCACACGCAGCCUUUCCCUUCCAGCGUCCGCCAGACUGGCAACUACUUACCGAGCCACUACGCACCGGCUGCGCGGCACGCGCCAUCACAGCGGACCGCAUACCCUUGGACGCGCCAUGGCACGCAACGGCCGCCUGGCAAGAGUAUGUGCUCAACACUGCGCUCGAAGUGGAGCUCGUGCAAACACUGGCAGCGCUAGCGGCAAGUUGUCAGUCGGGCCAGGGCUGGGCAGACGUACAGGCGACGCUGCACGCACAGCAACUGGUCAUGCUGGGCACAGAUAUAUAGACGAUACGCAGAAUAGCUUGUGUGAAGCGAUUUGUCACCGCCGGCAAGCAACUUCAACUGAACGAAUGAUAGCGUGCUGUGAAGCAGAUGUGCGAAUGAUAGCUGACCAAUCCAAUUUGGUGUGCGCAAGCUGCAGGUGCUAGGCUGAAUGAUAAAGAACAAUAACUUUUUGUCAUGUAAUGAUCAAGUAGCAAACGAUAGUCCUUAAAUGAUAUUAAGGCUGCUUCCUCCUGGAUUAUGAAAGUAAUUGGUCGUGCUAGGCGCAGACAUGUAGAUGAUACACUGCAUAGCUUGUAUGGAGCGCUUUGUCACCGCCGGCAAGCAACCUUAACUGAACGAAUGAUAGCAUGCUGUAAAGCGGAUGUGCGAAUGGUAGCUGACCAAUCCAGUUUGCUGUGCCCAAGGUGCAGGUGCUAGGCUGAGCGAUAAGCGGUAGUUCUUAAGUAAUAUUGAGGCUGCUUCCUCCUGGAUCGUGACGGCAAUUGGUCAUGCAAGGCACAGACAUGUAGAUGAUACACAGGAUAGCUUGUGUGGAACAAUUUGUCACCGCUGGCAAGCAACUUUAACUGAACGAAUGAUAGCAUGCUGUAAAGCGGAUGUGCGAAUGGUAGCUGACCAAUCCAAUUUG